AUGCCUAGACUAAAGCGCGCCUUGUCUGGGGUAGACCCCAAUUCUGAAUCUAACAUUCCCGUCCCCCAAGAGUCAUCCAGUAAAAAAAGAAAAGCUACUGUUACUAGAGGUGCAAUGGAAACCAGCUCUUCGAACAGUGCCGCAUCCAAUGCGCUGUCUAACGGAAGAGACGAGAUCAAUGCUGCGGCACUAAAGUUCAUUGCUGUGCCUCGACCGAUCUGGGACAUUGAUGCGGAGGCACGAGAUAAUGAAGACCAUCAAUCGGAUUCGAGAGAUGUAGGAGACACCGAGGAGUCUGAGACACUACGCGAUCAAGGCAAAAGCGUAACUGACCUCGAAUCCCCUGAAUGGCCCUGGAUCAUGUCUUCGUUAGCUUUAGAUAAGUAUCAUGAGCUGGAGAAACAGGCCGAAAAUCGCGAUCAGGAACUGCAUGGGGUUUACAUGUACAACGAUUUCACUGCGUAUGGUAUCAAUGAGGUGAUUGAAAACCAGCUCAAAGACUUCAAUAAAGAAGUGUCGCGAAGAGUUAUCUCCCCAUAUGCCGUAUGGGCCCAACUUGAAGCUCUUUCGUGGUUCUUACAGCUUGAUUAUAUCGAUAUCUGGUUUCAGGGCGAUGACUGUCACGGAUUCGCUGAAACCAUUGCCCUUAUUGGCAAGGCUCUUUUGACGGGUCUUAAUAUUUUAAAGACCAACCAGCUGUUCAAGCCCUAUCACCCCGAGGAAGGUGGUGGGAUUAGAGAUAUUCCUAUUGUUUUGGCUUUGUUUGUUCGGUUUGCCAGAUCGUGGACCCCCGACAUAUUGCAUAGUAAUUGA